CAAAUAAACUUUGACUUCAUCCACUAUCAAUAACAUUAUAUAUAAACACGUACAUUACAUUAAUUCAUAUACACUAUCUAGCUCUAGCUCUUUCAUUUUUAUACACAAUACAAAUUCACUUAUCACAUAGCCUUAUAUCAUCAUUAAUUCACAAAUUAAAUGGACUGCUUGGUUGUACCAGUCUCAUCACUCAUUAGCCGUGGUUGUUGUUACGGCGGUCAGCGUCAUGGUUAUCGACAACUAGCCAACGAAGAUUUCUUUGUGGGAUCAAAUAAUAAUGAUCCAAUCACGGUGGUGGUAGGCAAGGAAAAGAAAGAGUUUUUAGUGGACCCUUUUGUGUUAGAUGAAAACCCGUUUAGGGUCUUGAUUGAUUUAGUGAAGAACAAGAAGAAACAAUCCUCAUCAUCAAGAAAUAAUCAUGUUGAUCAUAUACAAAAGAAGAAAAGAGUGUUGUAUGUAGAUGUGGAUGCUAUCUUGUUUGAGCAUAUGUUAUGGUUGAUGCAUAAUGAUUCAUCUUCAUUGUUCAACCUUAAUCUCAAGGAAAUUAUUGAUUUCUAUGCUCAAGAUUUCUAACUAAUUAAUUACUUAACAUUAUAUAUUACGAGUAUAACUUUAUAUUAUUAUAUAAUAACAUAUGUAUGAUGAAAAGGUUGGAUUAAUCUAUAAUCUUUUUCUGGUGUUAA